AAUUUUUUUUUUGGAAUUAAGCAAUUUUAUUACAUUGUAACGUGUAUAAGCAAGAAUGCAGAUAAAAUAAUAUUGAGAAUACUUUAAAAUUUUUACUAAUCAUCAUGUAUACUCUCCUAGAAACAUCUAAAGAGAGUUUAUUUAAAAAGUAUCUCAGAAUCUUCUUUGUAGUUGCUGCUUAUUGGAUUAUUUCAAUCACAACAGUUUUCGUGAACAAAGAAUUAUUUAGUGGAACCAAAGUAAAGCUGAAUGCUACACUUUUCGUGACAUGGUUUCAAUGUGUCGUUUCAACAUUCAUUUGCGUAUCCGCAACGUUUAUGAGCCAAAAGUUUCCUAGAGCCUUCCGGAUUAAUCUGCCAGAAGCUAAACCAUUUCAUUGGGAAACUAUCAAAAGAGUCAUUCCACUGUCAAUUUUAUUCACGAUGAUGAUAAGUAGCAACAAUUUGUGCUUAAAAUUCGUGUCAGUUGCUUUUUAUUACGUCGGUCGGUCUCUUACAACAAUAUUUAAUGUUAUUUUGACUUAUAUCUUUCUACGAGAACGACAAAGUGCUAAAAGUAUUGUAUGCUGCUUGGUAAUAAUUGCAGGAUUUCUUCUUGGUGUUGAUCAAGAAUCUUUGACAGAAACAUUUUCUCUGGUUGGAACAAUUUUUGGUAUCAUUGGAUCUUUUUCUCUCUCAAUGUAUUCAAUUUAUACAAAGAAAACGCUCCCCCAUGUAAAUGGUGAAGUUUGGCUUUUAAGCUAUUACAACAAUCUUUAUUCGUGUUUCCUAUUUCUUCCACUUAUUUUAAUAAAUGGCGAAUUUAACACAGUUCUGAAUUACGAGUACAUAGGGAAGCUUUGGUUUUGGUGCGCAAUGUUGAUUGGAGGUUUUUGUGGAUUUCUUAUUGGCUAUGUGACAACACUACAAAUAAAAGUUACAUCACCUCUUACGCAUAACAUAUCUGGAACUGCUAAAGCUUGCGCUCAAACAGUGAUGGCAACUUCUUGGUAUCACGAAGUGAAAAGUUUUCUUUGGUGGACAUCAAAUCUCGUUGUACUUCUCGGAAGUUUCUCCUAUGCUCGUGUUAAGCAACUUGAAAUGGCUAAGAAACAUCGUGUAGAACAAAAUACCCAAAAACUUUAAUUAACUUAUAAUUUAUAAGAUCAAUAUUUAAAAGUAAUGAACGAACAAAUAAAAUUUAACGAACAAAUGAAAUUCAAAAA